AUGCGACAGGUAAUCAGCGAAUGGAAAGAAACAAAGAGAGGAUGUCCUCAAGGCUCUUUUUUGUGCCCGACGUUAUGGAAUAUCUACCAGAACGAUUUAUUUUAUGUUGAACGUAAAAGUCGGCUAUCUGCGUACGCGGAUAAUCAUCAGCUUUACUACGCCCAUAAAAAACCAGAGAGAGCAGUGGACACUAUAACCCGAGAUGGAAAACAAACCUUCUGUUGGUACACGGAAAAUUUCCUUGAAGGAAAUUUAAGCAAAUACCAAGCAAUGACCAUAUCGAAAAAUUCGCAAGAACUGAAUAUAGAAGUAGACAGUCGUAAAAUUAAGAUAACAGAAAAGCUUAUCUUGCUGGGUGUGGAGAUUGAUGAUCAACUGUAUUUCGAUGAGCAUACCUGUAUUUCAACAGCGUGUAAAAAAGCACAAUGUAAAAACUGAUAGGUUAAAAUAACCAAAAAAAAUAGGUUAUUUGGUUUGGUCUAGGACAACCCGAUAAAAAUAGGUUAUUUCAAUAGGUUAAAAGAACCAGAAAUAAAUAGGUUAAAGCAAACCAUUAAAAAUGGGUUGGUUUAUACCCAUAAGAAAUAGGUUGUUUUAAUAGGUUAAAACAACUAAAAUGAAAUAGGUUAAAACAAACCAUCGAAAAUGGUUACUUUAACCUAUAAAUCUGUAAUAUGUCAUUUUAACCUAUUAAUUAUUGGUUGAUUGAACUAAAGAUUUAUGGUUAUUUUGACCAAUUAAAAAAAGUAAUUCCAACCUAUAUUCAAAAGUUAAAAUGACUAAAAUUUAAACUGUCAAAUUGAGCAUAUUUCAACCAAAUAAAUAUAGGUUGUUUUAACUAUAAUACAAAUGGCGGAUAUUCACCAAUAAUAUUUUGGUUGAUUUGGCCAAUUUUUUUAGUUAUAACAACCAGUAAAUAACGGUCAAAGUCGGAGUACGAAACAUCGCGCACUUUCGUUGGUUAAAUGAUGUUGCGUCAACUGAAUAAGAUACGCUAAAACGAAAUAGUUAAACAAUAAUUCUGCAGGCAAUUAAUCAUCCAAGUACGCUAUAAUCAAACAGUAUUAUGAACUGUAUAUAAAAAUAUAUUUUGUAACAUCUAAAAUUACAGUAAGUACACAGUAGUACGUAUAGUGUUACUAUAGCCUGUGUUCCAGUUGACUACACUGUUACUGACACACAGGCUAGAGAGUUGCAUGGUUUUAUCAAGUAUUAUAUAUUAUCAUGAAAUCAUGGCUAAGCACUUAACUAAUUAGCAUUAAUUAGAUCGCGAUCACCAUGCAACCCCGGCCUGUUUGUGCAUUCUCAAUCUCUCAUUAUUACAAUAUGUUACAACAAUCGAUCGCCAUAUAAUCUUAGUUCUAGCUUGUGUUCUAUAGUUCACCGAUUGGCAGAGUUUGACCACUCCUUCCCAGCAGAAUAUGCUCGAGGAACAUUGCCAAGGCCAUUGAGGUAUUCAGCAUUAAGAACAAAAUAUCGUAAACCUCCGACUAUAAGCCCUGGGCUUAUAUUUUUCCGUAAGCGAUUUUUGAUGGGCUUAUACAAAGAGGGGCUUAUAUACGGGGGGAGGGGGCUUAUACAUGGACGAUCUUUUGUGUUAGUGUAAUAGUGACAAACAAGUAUAGUAAUAGUGAUAAACAAGUGUUAAGCAUAGUAAUAAUAGUGAUUAACAAUAAAUGGUGAUAACUGAUAAACAAGUGGGCUUAUAUUUGGAAUGAGGUGAGCGUUAGUACAUGUGGUGGGCUUAUACACGGGAGGGGGGGACUUAUAUUCGGGUGGGGGGCUUAUAUUCGGAGGUUUACGGUAACGCUGCUAAUAAGCAUGUAAUAGUGCUGAUUAUAGUACUUCGACCUCUUAAUAUGGCAACUACAGUAUACCAUAUACCCUCUGCAAUGAGGGUAAGUGAACUUAUCUCUUGUAGAGAUCCGGUUGCCAAUAGUGGUGUUGAACACGCCUUUAUUCUCUCAGUAUGCUGAAUUUCAAAAUCACUCUGCAAACAAAAAAUGAGAAUAUAUUCUAUAUGCAUGCAACAUUAAGGAUCUUACAAGGAAACUUAACAUCACUACCAAAUAUAUCCAGGUAGCCUAUGUAUGUAUGUGCAUGCAUGUUGCAACUGUACUGCACAACAACCAGCGCGCCCUACUUGUUUUUUUUAAAGGGGAAGUCAAGUCCGUUCUGCGCAUCGGUUCUGCUCAUAACAAUGUGAGGACCUCUAAUGUGAACAUUGCCCAAAUUUCGAAUGUUUCGAAUUUUUCUGAACAUAAACUCUAUUUCAUAUUCAUUUAGAAGCAUAGCGAACCAAAAUGGUGUUAGAUAUUCAGACAGUACAUCAUAUUUUAAAAAAUACAGCAGUUCAAAUGUAAACAAACCGUUUGUUUACAUUACGGACUUGACUUCCCCUUUAAAGUAUAUAACUUUCAAGUCUUUCAAUGUAAGUGGAAUUGCCACAUAUUUGGCAAGGUCCGCAAGGAAACGUUUUCUUUCUAAAAACUCAUCAUACAGUGUAACAUAAGUCAACAUUUGCAUAUCAAACAAAGUUACAUUAUGAUUUUAAACUAACUUUGCAAUUGAAUCAUAAAAUAAUUCUUGCAUAGGCACUUCACUAGAAUGAUGAAAUCUAAUUUCACUGUUCAAGUUAACCAUGCAGGCAUGUUUUUCUCUCCGUAUUUAGCGUACUUUUGCAAACACCGGGACAUUUACUCAAAGAUAUCAUUUUAGUUGACGAUGACAGUAAAAAUCGUGAGUAUAGAACCGAAUGUCAAGAGAAAAAUUGUGUCAUUUCAGUUAGGGUAUAAGAUAGGGGGAAAAAGGUUAAACUAUGUUUUCUGAAAUUUUCAGCUGACGAUGGAAAGCUCUUAGAAAAACUUCCUAAAGUAAAAACGAUACGAAAUAACGGCAGAGAAG